AUGGGUUAUGGCAAAACUCUGAUUUGUUUAGCGCUUAUCCUUGCUACAAAAGGGCAUUUCCCACAGAUUCCCUCUGCCUACUUCCAAGAUUCGUGUCCUGUCCGAGAAAAGACUGCGUCACUGCUAGAAAUGGCAGCAGCAGCCGCUGGUCGUUUAUCUUUGCCAUGGAAGUCCCAUUUCGACCGUCUAAGCACCACCGGAAUUCAUUAUCAAAGGUGCUUGAGUGCUUGCGAAAGAAACCGAGGUUCAUACGCGAUCACACAAGCCCCAAAGUACUACUGUCGAAAUACCACCUCCUCCAAAAUUAAAUCCUGUCAUUUGCAACUAUCCUCCGGAACGCUGCUUAUUGUCCCGUCAAAUUUAGUUGACCACUGGCUUCGGGAGAUUGCGAAGCAUACUCAAACGCUAAGAGCGCUAGUACUCAGGGAAAAAAGUAACAGCACCCCACCAGCACAUGAAUUACUUGAUUACGAUAUCAUUCUCUUUUCAAAGUCGCGGUUUGAAUGCGAACAUGGCGGUUUCAGUGCCUGCUCUUCGGAACUGUACGACUCACCCCUGAAAGAAAUACACUGGCUUCGGAUCAUUGUCGACGAAGGUCAUAAUUUUGCGAGUGCGGGAGGGAAAUCCAAUGCCGUCCAUUUACUAGAAAGAUUACACGUUGAGCGCAGAUGGGUGGUAUCUGGGACACCAUCCGAUGGGUUAUAUGGCGUCGAAAUUUGUCUCGCUUCACAGGAAACUAACGCUGAUGCGGCUGCAGAAACCAGCGACAGAACUGUGGCCAUCUUAAAAGCUAGAAAAGACCCCCGCAAAAGCAUUGCUGAAGAGCUGAAAAAUCUAGAUAAGUUGAGACGAAUUGUGGUCGACUUUCUUUGCUUAAAGCCUUGGGCCAAUUGUCAAGGUAACGAUUUAGCUAAUUGGGCCAAAUACAUGAAGUCAGCUGGUGCUGAUGGCAAGCGGAAAAUGGCACGGUCGCUUCGGCCUACUCUCCAGUCUAUUGUUGUGCGGCAUCGUACUGAAGACAUUAAUAAGGAUUUAUCUCUGCCAAAACUUCAUAAUAAAGUUGUUUACCUGGAACCUACUUACUAUGAUAAAUUAUCCCUCAAUAUGUUUAUCUUUCAGUUGACAGUCAAUGCCAUUACAUCGGAGCGCACCGAUCAAGACUAUAUGUUUCACCCGAGAAAUAGGAAGUAUUUGAGUGUAACAAUUAACCAUCUUCGACAGGCAGGUUUCUGGUGGUGUGGAUCUGAGAAAGCGGAUGUUGAAGCAACACUCAAUAUUGCUCGAAAUUAUAUGGAAAAAAACAGACAGAACAUGACGGAUGCCGACUUAAGCCUUCUGUGGGAAGGAAUUCUCAUUGCAGAAAAUACUAUUUCGUGCUCUGCCUGGAAUGCGUUUAGCCGGUAUCAUGAAGUCGGAGUACUCAUACAUGGAUUUCCUGAGCACGCACGUGAGGUGUGGUCAAUUGAUGGCCAGUGCGAGAAACAAGGCCCCUUGCUGUUGGGUCUCUCCCAGGCGAGAGAAGCACAGAAAUUUGUCACUGCGCGCUUGUGUGCUGCAGACCCCGCCGAGGGAAUUGCUGGCGCGGGAAUCAAAGUAAAAGGGGAUAUGGAAAGGGGGCGAAAGGGAAAUGUUGAAAUUAAAUCAACACCCAACUCUCCCAUUCCCAGCCAGUCAAAAACAAACGACUAUCUUGUUCACUCGCCAAAACCCGAAACACCCUUGAAAAAAAGGAAGUUCUCCAAUUGCAAAAGCCUAUUAGCUAAGUCCCCUCUUGCAAAAGUCAAACUAGUUGCAACGGCAUCCGCUAAGCUUACAUAUUUGUUGGAUCGCGUUCUGGAGCUACAGGGGACGGAGAAAAUCAUUAUCUUUUAUGAAAAUACCAACACUGCCUUUUGGGUUGCGGAAGGACUCGAAGUUCUUGGUGUGGAUUUCCGCAUUUAUGCAUCCACUCUCAAAGCCACUGUGAAGAGUGAAUAUCUUUCGGUUUUCAAUAACUCUGACGCGGUACGUGUUCUAUUGAUGGACUUACGUCAAGCUUCACAUGGACUACAUGUUGCUAGUGCGUCUCGUAUUUUCAUUAUUGUUCCGAUUUGGGACCCAAAUGUCGAGAGCCAGGCAAUUAAAAGAGCCCAUCGCAUUUCGCAAACCAAACCUGUUUAUGUGGAAACUUUGGUUUUGCAAGGUACUCUUGAGGAUAAGAUGCUGAGACGCAGAAAACAAAUGUCAAGCGCAGAGAUGCAACAUGCUGAGAAGGAUUUAUUGGAAGAUCAUGUUAUGAGUCAUAUUAUACAGACAGAAGGCUUUAUUCCUAUUUUAAACGAUACAAGGGACACUGGAUGUGCAUACUUAAAGAGUAUGCCGGGUUUCUUUGACCGCCACAAAUUGCCCGUCCCUGAUGCCCAUGAUAUCAAAGCUCCAGCUCCAUCUCCAACUUUGCUGCCUACGAAGUUGUCCGCUGCCCGAUUAUCUUCAAGCCAACAAACACCAUUUAAGAAGGAAGGCAAAGCAGCUCAUUCUGACAUACCUUUCUUAAACUCAGACAUAUCUCCAGGCUUAGAAAUCACCACGAAACGACGGCAGCCGUUCCUCGAUGAAGUGAUAACCCCAGACGGUCUGAUUAUGACAAUAGAUAAAAGGUCCACGCCUCGCAAGCGGAGAGCUGUACCCCGACUUCAAGAUAUUGCCGAUGGCAAUAAUGACAGCUCUGGGGGAUCUGUUCCACGAACACCAGGGCUUAAAGAUAGAAAAAACGUACCGGUAGAUCCAUUCUAUAUACCCGGAGAUGACUGCACGGCCGGUGCUCCAUUCUGUCUUAGUAUCCCAGAUGAUUAA